UUGGCAUUUCCCUUCGUGGUAUACUCUGUAGAUGUCAAGCUGUUGCCAUGGUAACACCGUGUCCGAUCAACCCAGAGAAGCCCGCAUCAUUUCCAGGGAAUAGUUACUAUUGCCCCGCCACGAACGAGGACGGCUCGCCGAACACGUUCACGGAGUGUUGCCAGAACGACCGGGCGGACGACGAUGGGAACCUCCACAGCUGCUGCCAGCCAGCCGACGAACAGAACGCAGAGAUGCUUGGGAUGAUGGAACAAGUAGGGCUAUACCUCGGCAUAGCAACGGCAGUAUUGAUCGUAUUGGUAUUUCUCUAUACGUAUUGCCGAGAUGACACGUUCUCUUGUCUUAAACGCUUGAGGGCGCACAUCUACAAGUUUUGGGACGGCUGCAUGGACGGCCUCUGUAACUGUCGCUGUUUUGGAAGACGGAUUCGUCGGAAAUUUAAGAAGAAAUCCCAGCCGGAGACUCCGUACGUUAAGGAAUCCAAUCACGAACAUGACGGACCAGCAGCAGAACACGUCGGCGUUCAGGAGAACUUCUUCUGGUAGCUCAAGAUCACUGGCUCACUGA